GGGGCCGCCAUCGGCAUGGCUGGUGACACAGGUGCUUAUGGAUCUGCAUCUGGAGAAAAAUACUUGAGCGGAGCACAGAUGAUUGGGGCCUGGAGAUUGCCGAAGAUGGCGGAAGCUCACCAAGCCGUGGCCUUCCAGUUCACUGUCACCCCAGACGGUAUCGACCUGCGGCUGAGCCAUGAAGCUCUUAAGCAAAUCUAUCUGUCUGGACUACAUUCCUGGAAGAAGAAGUUCAUCAGAUUCAAGGAAUUAGCAGUACUCUAGGACCAAAACCCACCAUCCAAAACAAUGGGAGAAAUCUCUACUUGGAAGACUUGCUAGUAUCAGGAGGCCAAUAAGAGUCAAGUCCCCUCUGACUCCUCUUAGUAAACUGUCACCAUAGGAAUUUCAUCACUGUCAGUGUAAGACUCAAAUAUACCCAUAUCCCUUCUCAUGAAUAAGCAUAAGCACAUUAAAAACAAUAAUAACAACAACCAAAAAAA